UCGAGCUGCACAGUGAAUUUCGUGUUCACACUGCGCUGUGUAUUAAUGACACUAGUUUUAAGGUCACAACGAAAGCGAACCGAAUUAGUAAUAAGGUUGUCCCCAAACUGUGCAUAACGUUGUUAUAGGUUUGCUGAUGCACUCCAUCACCGCGUGUGUGGAUAGUUUUAAGACCGCCUUAGGCUGUAAGGCGCAUGAAGGAUAUUUUAGUAUCCUUAGACAGAGGACACGGGGACCAACGGUGGCUCUGGGGGAAGAACGGAACGUCUUGGCAAGUUGAUGGACAAGCCAUGCCGGCAGAUCUCACCAACAUACGGCAGCAGAUCAUCCCCGGCGACGCAAGGAGUGAUGGCGAUAGGUAACGGUCACACCACGGUAAUUGAUAUCGGGUCGUCGGUGGCGAACGGGAAUCACGUCCCCAUUGGGGCACUAUGCACCACCAACGGGACGCUGUCUCCGGACGGGACACCACUACCACAUUCGGCCCUUACCAAAAUCGCAAAUGAGAUUGCCGAAGCAUCGGCUACCAUUGCUCACCCCAAACCCAAGUUCGAACCGGAACCCUUCAAGACGGUGAUGGCCAUAGUCUAUGGGAUGUCAGUUUCUUUCCUAUCUGCCUUCACGAUCACCUACACACAUGACAGAACCCCGGACGUUAGCGUCAACCCGCCCCUACCAGAUCUUGUUUUUGAACUUGUGCCCAGAAUGGAAUGGGCUUUCCUGGCGUGUGAAAUCUGUAUGCUUUCUUUGGCAGCAGUGAAUGUUAUCAAUCUUGUCAUUCACAAACACAGACUAAUCAUCCUGAGACGUUGCUUGGUCAUUAUCGGAUUCACUAUGACGAUGCGGUGCCUGACCAUGUUGGUGACGUCACUCUCCGUUACGGGUUACCACGUGCAUUGUGGUAGAAAGAUGUACGACAGUGUCUGGAGUAAGCUUGGCCGAGCUGUGUCCGUCUCUAUCGGUAUGGGGAUGACAGUGACUGGGGCCAGGGAAGAGCUCUGUGGUGACUACAUUUACAGUGGACAUACAGUAUCAAUCACUGCGUUCUGCCUCUUCUUUAUUGAAUAUACGCCAAGCAAGUGCCGUCUGAUGCACUUCUUAGUGCGUGUCACCGGCGCAUCCGGGAUCUUCUUCAUCGUAGCCGCGCAUGAGCACUACACCGUCGACGUGUUGGUCGCCAUCAUCGUCACCGUACUUCUAUUUCUGUACUACCACACACUGGCCAACACCAGGGCCUACCUCCACCGUGACCUCUACAAGGUCAGAGUCUGGUUCCCUUUCUUCCACUACCUGGAGGCCAAGGUAGACGGCGUGGUACCCAACGAGUACGAAUGGCCGUUCCGGAUCCCGUCAAUCUCCUGGCCGCGCUGUCCGUCGAAGCUUUGGCAGAGAAAACAGAAUAGGACCGAGGACUGACCCCUGCGGAACCCGUGACCCUGACCCCCUUUGUAGUACUACAAUAAAACAAAUGUAAAACUCAGCUGAUUAGAAACUGUAGGGUAUACUUAGACUUUUAUCAAGCAGGCAGCUCGCGAAAACUUGCAAGAAAGGCGUGGGGCUGGAAAAAGUGUGCUAUAACCACUGCUGAAUGCUUGACUAAUAAACAUAAAAUAUGUUCAACCAUGGAAUGUUAUAUCCAUGAUUUCAUGUGCGCCUUGUUUCAAGGCUACGCUGUACCCACGUAUGUUUUUAUACUAUUUUUCUGUAUUUUUGCAUUAAUAUUAUUUUUAAAAAAAAUUGUUAUGUUUUUGUUUUCAAUUUUUUUUUUUUUUUUUUAUUGUGAAAUAAACUGGUUAGGGGGAUAACUUGUGGCUUGGGUAAAUGACACUGGAAAGAAUAAUCAUUUGAAUUUUGCUCCAGUUGAUAAAUUUAAGUCACAUUGUUUUCAUGGAUAGCGAUCUUUGCGUAGUUUAAGCCUUGGACAGCAGCUAACGGCUCAAUUUGUUCGAGCGUGCCGCUGUCACUUUUAGUAGUGGGCUGGAGAGGCUUUGCCCCCAUGACUUGUCGAGGCUGAACACGCUAUAAAGAUUGCUAUUCCGAUACCCCCUCACGUACUAUGGGUAGACUAAAUAUCUCAAACUGUUUUUUUACUCUAAAUUAUUUCUUUGCUACAUUUACAAACACUGUUGUCAUUAUGAAAACAACAAACGUAUUAGCCUUUCCACGCAUGACUGCUUAUGGGGAGGAAUGACCUGCGGUGACCUCCGACCUUGAUUAUUAACGGUUGACCUUUAAGGUCAUGGUGCUUUGGACGCAAGAUAUUUAUUACAAGGCAGUUGUAUGCAGAGAGAAAGCGGCUUGCAUAAUAUGCUGCAAUGAUGAUAUGAGUCAAAACAAAAUCUAACUUUUUUUUUUUUACUUAUAAAUGAAACUUAAAUCUCGAAAGAUGCCUGCAAAUAAUAUGCAAAUUGUAUAAUCAAAUAAGUCUAAUUAUAGUUUAUCUUUCGCAAUAAUAGAGGCAACUGUUAUGACGAGUUGGAGUUUUAUGUGUUUGAGCUUAGCUGUAAUUAAAUUGUAUUAAACUUUAAACUUUAGUCUCCAUGCCUGGCGCUUGGCUUGGUUUGAUGUUGGAAGCAUCGUUCAAAAUGUACACUGCUUCAAUGUUAAUAACGGAACCCAGUCUGGAACCGGAGCCUAAGUUGAGAUUUAGGCAAAAGCUAAAUGUCCUUAACAUCGGCUUAGGCCCCGGCUCCCUAUCCGUUUGAUGUUGAAGCAUGGUAAACAAAAUGUGCACUGCUCCGAAAGUGAUGACGGAGUCCCCAAAUGAUGUCAAAGCCGGAGACUAUAAUCCAAUACUAGAAACAAGUUUCGUGUUUUGUGGAUGAUUUUAUACACGUAAAUAUUAUGAUUUUAAUCAAACUUUUUUCUAUGUUAGAGCAACUUCCAUAGCUCUGUUGCUAUGUUAGAGCGACAUCCAUUAUAGACGUGUCUACAAAAUCGACCAUUCCCGUACGUUGUCUAUAGAUAAUAAUAAUAUACUUUAUGUCAUCCAAUAAUAAUAUACUUUAUGUCAUCCAAUACUAAUAUACUUUAUGUCGUCCAAUAAUAAUAUACUUUAUGUCAUCCAAUAAUAAUAUACUUUAUGUCAUCCAAUAAUAAUAUACUUUAUGUCAUCCAAUAAUAAUAUACUUUAUGUCAUCCAAAGCAAUGUAAUAGCUUGUUUCAGCACGAGGAAGGGAUUUUAGUUCUUCGUUUGCCGACGUGGAAUAUUAGGUCACAUUGACCAUGGGACAUGGGUAGACUUCACAAAGAUAGUCCUCACUAAGGACCAGUCAUAUAGGACCAUUAGGAGUUAUAGCAACUAUAGGCUUUCCAUAGGACGGAUAACUAAUAAUUAUUAACUCCCUGUGAUCGGCCCAAUUUGUUUCGACAUUAUUGGCAGUGCCAUUUUUUGAUUGGCUCUUUGGAUUGGGAGUCAAUUUAAAUUGUGUUUGCCUUGACUACAGUUUGGUUCUGUAUAAUGUGUGUUUACCAUUUCUAAACGAAAAGGGCACUAUUAUAUUAUGGUAGAAAAAAAUGUUCUCGCUAUUACAGAGCGAAGAAUUUUAUAAAGGGUCGAACAAGUAAAGUACACCGCGAGAUAUCAAUUUUAAUAUCGAAAUAGGAGAUUGUUUGUCGGCUACAAUUUUUCUCCAAAAUUGUAUAAUUUCAGACCGAAAAAAAAUCCUUAAGUGAAUCAUUUUUUAAUCCUGAUAUGAAAUUCAGCUGAAUAGAUUAAAUAUCUAUGGUAUACAGUUAUUUCGACCAAUGUUACUCUUGCCAUUAAUUAUAAUUUGAUGUUUGACAUAACUCGAUGUGACAUUUUAAGUAUCAGGUGUUUGAAUGACUCCUAAAGGUUAUUAAAGGCACGGUGCACUAUUGGUAAUUACUCAUAAUAAUUGUUAGCAUAAAAAAUGAAUUUGUUCGAACAAUGGGGAGCUGUUGAU